GACGCGAAGGGGCCUUCCGGCGAGGCCUGACGCAUUUCCGACAAAUAUGGCGGCGCCCAUUGCGGGCAGGUGCGGGCGGCGGCGUGGGUCGUGAGGCCCGCGGAGAUUUUCCAAAACACGGAUCAGAUAACUUCAGGACAUCUCCCCAGUCACACCCCCACCCUAUCACCCCUGAUGGCAGACCCAGGCUCUGAAGGUAGCCAUCUUCCCCUGGCCUUGCCUGCGGCCCCGGAGGAGGCUAGCUCGUCUGCUUCCUCGGGGAACCCCUCGCAUCCCCACAGCCUCCAAGGCCUCUUGCAGAUGGCAGUGACAGCUUGCCCUGGUGACCCUGAACCCCCACCUGAGCCCAUGACAGAAGAGCGACGUCAAUGGCUGCAGGAGGCUAUGUCGGCAGCAUUCCGAGGCCCAAGGGAAGAGGUGGAACAAAUGAAAAGCUGUCUUCAUGCUCUGGGCCUACCUACACCCCUCGCAGCUGGGGAGGCUGAGCUGACAGCUGACCAGCAGGAGCGGGAGGGAGCUCUGGAGCUCUUGGCCGACCUCUGUGAGAAUAUGGACAAUGCUGCAGACUUCUGCCAGCUGUCCGGGAUGCACCUACUGGUGGGCCGCUACCUGGAGGCAGGGGCAGAGGGCUUGCGGUGGCGGGCGGCCCACCUUAUUGGCACAUGCAGCCAGAAUGUGGCAGCCAUUCAGGAGCAGGUGCUGGGCCUGGGCGCCCUACGAAAGCUGCUUCGACUGCUUGACAGAGACCCCUGUGACACAGUGCGAGUGAAAGCCCUCUAUGCCAUUUCCUGCCUGGUCCGGGAACAGGAGGCUGGCCUGCUCCAGUUCCUUCGCCUGGAUGGCUUUUCUGUGCUGAUGCGGGCCAUGCAGAGGGACGUGGUGAAGCUGAAGGUGAAGUCGGCCUUCCUCCUGCAGAACCUGCUGGUGGGCCAUCCUGAGCACAAAGGCACCCUGUGUUCCAUGGGAAUGGUCCAGCAGCUCGUGGCUCUGAUCCGAACGGAGCACAGCCCCUUCCACGAGCACGUGCUGGGGGCACUUUGUGGCCUGGUGACAGAUUUUCCCCAAGGGAUCCGGGAGUGCCGGGAGAUUGAACUGGGGCUAGAGGAGCUCCUCCGGCAUCGAUGUCAGCUGCUCCAACAGCACGAGGAGUACCAGGAGGAGCUGGAAUUCUGCGAGAAGCUGCUCCAGGUGUGUUUCUCCUCCCCCACGGAUGACAGCAUGGACCGGUGAAGGCUGGGAAGGGAGCAGGGGGUGUGCGUGCGCCCCCCACCCCCAGCCUGGAGCCCCGGCCGGGCCCUCCUCUCUCCCUCAGUCCGCGGAGCCCAAGCCGGGGAGGAGGCAGGCCCGGCGCCGGCCCGGGGCGCUGAGAAGCCCCCCACCCUGCCUGCUCUCUCUUCUCCAUCGCCCCCCCUCCCGUGCCCCGCCCCCGCAUUCUGCACUGGCAAUAAAGGUGUUUGCCCCCCCC